AUGUCCACCAGACCCGCCACACACUCUGGUUCGUGGUACAGUGGUAGCCGUCAUGCGCUACACACCCAGAUAACUGGGUUUUUUGCCAACAAGGUCAACCCCAUCCCCCGUGCCCGAGUUCUUGUAGGUCCCCAUGCUGGCUUCAGCUAUAGCGGUCACCGUCUAGCGGAAACAUUCAGUGCUUGGGACACCGACCAUGUCCAGCGAGUGUUUAUUCUUGGCCCCAGCCAUCACGUGUACUUCCGUAACCACGUAAAGGUCAGCCACUAUGCCUUUUAUGACACACCCAUUGGGAAAUUACCAGUUGACACAUCCAUCAACCAUCACCUCACUCAAGGGUUACAUCUGGGGAAACGUGUUUUCCAGUACAUGGAUGCCGAAACCGAUGAGGACGAACACUCGUUCGAAAUGCACUGUCCUUUCAUCAAGCAUCGGCUUGACAUUGACCAGAAGUCCGCAGGGGUUACCAUUGUACCAAUAAUGAUUAGUGGCAUGGAUGGACCCUGUGCUGAUGCCGUUUGCCGCGCAUUGGCCCCGUACUUUAGUGACCCAGCCAAUACGUUCGUGGUAAGCUCCGACUUUUGCCACUGGGGAGAGCGCUUCAACUACACGCAAUAUGUCCCCAAGCCGUUGGACUACACGGCUGUAGGAAUAGAUGAUGUUGUAGCAGAGCUCAUGACAGUGCGCUCAAACAAGCAGCUUGACACCACCGAGAUUCAUGAAAGCAUAGAGAUUCUUGACAGGGUGGCGAUGCAUAUUGCCAGCCACGGAACAUGGAAGGAUUGGAAGCGGUAUAUUGAAAAGACCAGGAACACCAUUUGUGGGGAAAAGCCGUUGAUGGUGGUGAUGCGGCUCCUUGAGGGAGAAAGGGCAGCGGCCGCCGGUUCCGCGUUCCAUUGGUUAGGAUACAGUCAGAGUUCGUCUGUUAUCAACGUCCACGACAGUAGCGUCAGCUACGCCUCUGGGUAUGCGUUGGCUUAGAUGCGGCUCAAAAGUUGUGAGAAGUUGGCAAUAAAUGAUGUAGAGGGUUAUCUAAUGUUACUUGUCAGUCGAUUAAUAAAGCAUUACAAAUACUUGUAUAACUAUAGUACCAAGCGGUGUACGGGCGGACGUAGCUAGGAGCGGCUGACGCAUCCGCUCCAUCCGGGCGGCGAUGGCUCGGAGAAAUUCUAAAUCUGGCAGCCAGUGCCAAGAGCGGCCGGAUGUCUAAACGGUGCAAUGUUCCCCAUGAGUGCUAUUUCCGAAUAUAAUCACAAACAACCUGUAAGGCCGCCCCAUUUUUUCUAGACUUUCACAGGGCCGGAGUUUCCAGGUUUCUUUUCGCAGCCGUAUAUAAAUAUAUCAUUCUCUCCUCUUUUUGAUUCUCAGUUAAUUAUGGAUAUGCUUCUUCAUUACUUGACAUUACUUGGACUAUGUGGUAAGAAGAGAACCCAUGAGAAGUCUGAUGGAGUGGUGACACGCUCCCAGGCCAAGAGACACUAUUUGUGAGGUGAUUACUUUGAAGAUCACCACGUCCACUGUACAUAAAAUCGAUAUUACCUGUGCAUAUUCCAAUAAACACUCCCUGAGACAGAUGUCAGCGCGUUGCCAGGCUGCCACCUGCAACUGAACGAAAAUAUGCGUGCGUGCACCGACCACCUCUGAACCAACUGAAACGAUAGGCGGCCGAGUGCGCGCACCUACCGCCAGCGCUGUCUCUACCUUGGUGCUAGCGCCCG